CCAAUGGUCUAGCACCUGAAACGUGCGCCGAGGAGGCCAAGCAGCACCUCUCGUAAAGCCUGGAGAAGGCUACCUGGUCUUCCGAUAGCUUCUCCGUUGUCCUCUCGCUGACGCGGUCCUUCGAAGUCGCAUACUAGGAUGCACAAUGCCGUCUGUCGUUUCAUUGGAAACAGGAUCAUUGGUACAGCGCCAAUCUGUCGUUGAUGUGGUCGCCAGGUGUGACAUUACAAACGGCCACAACAGAACAAUCACAGCAGCGUGGCUAACGACAUGCCGAAUGCGCGCCUCUUGCGCACCUCACCCCCACCGCGGACUCUGCAAUUCGUCCACCCUCAAGUCGUUCAAUUUGAUAGUUUCAGUCCUCAGCUGUCUCUGCAUCAACGCCGCACCAACUCCCACACAAACAAAGCUGGCUGUGAAACCUAUCAACAGAAACGCAGCUUGCGCUGCACGAUUCGAGUACAGCCAAGACCAGACUGUGUAGUGACUAGAGAAUGCGAACCACUAAAGACAAAUGAUGUUUUAGCAAUGAUGAAUCAUUUGCGCAGACAUUCUGCUAACGUACCCCUCCCGCAAGACCAACAAGCAGCGCGAGGAAUGUGUCUAACCCCCAGACUGUGUGAAGUUGCCACUUCUUCGUGCGGCCUCGCCAGCGCGUUUGCGCGAGGUAACCCAGAGCGCCAUUGACCAUUAGGCAGAUGGCGAAGAAGAGGGUAGGAACAUUGAUGACAAUUGCAGAGGCGGAUGCGUCAAAGGCCCCAAUCAAGCUCGCCGUUACACAGACUGCAACCAGAAGCGAAAUAAUCUGUGUGCCG